CCCACCUGCUCCUGGGGAGGGCUGGCGCUAUAAAGGGCUGCGGGCAGCGAGCAGAGCUCACAGCGACCCGGGGCUCUCCGGGGAAUCCUCUGCUCCCGGGGGACCAUGGCGAAGCGGGUGGCCGUGGUGCUGGCUGGCUGCGGGGUUUUCGAUGGCAGCGAGAUCCACGAGGCGUCGGCGGUGCUGGUGCAUCUCAGCCGGGAGGGGGCUCAGGCUGAGGUUUAUGCUCCCAACAUCCCCCAGAUGCACGUGGUGGACCACUUGAAGGGGCAGCCCACGCCGGAGCAGCGCAAUGUCCUGGUGGAAAGUGCCAGGAUAGCCAGAGGCAACAUCAAGGACCUGGCUACGCUGGAUGUCAAGGGGCUGGAUGCCCUCAUCAUCCCAGGUGGCUUUGGGGUGGCAAAAAACCUGAGCACUUGGGCCACGCAGGGCAAGAACUGCAGCAUCUCCAAAGAGGUGGAGGGUGUCCUGAGGGCAUUCCACACUGCCCACAAACCCAUCGGGCUGUGCUGCAUCUCCCCAGUGCUGGCAGCCAAAAUCUUCCCGGGCUGUGAGGUGACCGUGGGACAUGACACGGAGUGUGAGCAGUGGCCUUAUGCCAAGACUGCUGAGGCCAUGAAGGAGCUGGGCUGCAGGCACGUGAACAGCCAGGUCACCGAGGCCCACGUGGACGCCAGGAACCGGCUGGUGAGCACCAGCGCCUUCAUGUGCAACGCCCCCAUGCACCAGGUGCACGACGGCAUCGGGAGCAUGGUCAGGGAAGUGCUCCGGCUGGCCUGAGCUCCCCCAGGCAUCCAGCUCCUCUGCGUGGAUCCUGUCCUUCCCCUCACACAGCAACAGCCAAAGUGACACUCAGUGGCUCUGCUCCAGAGCUCUGAUGGCAGCUGAGGAGGGACAAUCCUGGAGGUGCUGUGCUCUGCCAAGGACACGUCGCUCUCUGGCAGGAGCUGGGCUGGGAGCUGCUGUGGGAUCGUGGGAUGGGGUGAGUUGGGAGGGACCUUAAAGCUCAUCUUGUGCCAGCCUCCUUUAAUGGGCAAGGACCCCUUUCAGUAUCCCAGGCUGCUCCAAGCUGGUCUUGGACACUUCCAGGGAUCCAGGUGCAGCCACAGCUUCUCUGUGCACCCUGUGCCAGGGCCUCCCCACCCUGCCAGGGAGGAAUUCCCUCCCAAAAUCCCACCUAUCCCUGCCACAGGCUCCCACAGGGCCCAGGGUCAGCUGCUCCCCAACCCCUCCCUCAGAGCAGUGAAUUGUGGCCAAAGGAAGGAACCCAGCUCUGCUACCAAAUAAAACCUGAUGCUUCUUCUGAAUUCUGAA